AUGUGGAAGAGCAUUGCCUCCUCGAGAACAGCAGUGGAGAAGGUGCUGCCGCCACUGCUGCGAGUGAUGGAGGAUUGGCCAGCACACAGCAUGUCCACAUCAGAUGGUGAUGACAGAGAAGUGUUUGCUCUGGCUGCAAGCCUGGCACUGUGGCUGAUCCUGCAGGAGCCCAAGUGCCAGGAUGCAGUGAUGGAUUAUGUCCCCCACCUGCUCUGUGCUCUGCUCUUCCAAGUCUCCAUUAGCACAGAGCAGGUGCCAGAGGAGGUCAACACCUUCUGGAGGGGAUGCCAGGAGCAACACCGCCUUCCCAGCCACCCCAACAGGUUUCUGGUACAGACCCUCAAGGCCCUGCUCUGCCGCCUGCAGUGGGACAAUGAGGUGAUGUCAGUGGAGCGCAAGCGUGGCUGGGACACGCUCCUCUGUGCUGGCACCCAGCACUAUGCAGUGGGGCUGCUGGCCAGGGAGAUGCGCCGCCAGUUGACCCCCUCCCAUUCUCCCCUGGCAAUCCACCUGCUUGGGAUGCUCAGCAGUGUGGACCCCCGUUGGGAGCUGCCUGCCCUGGAGUUCCUUGUGAAGAUUCUGGACUAUCUGGAUGGGAGAGAAUGUCACGGCAGUGUCCAGCAGAUCCUGUCCAGGCACCUGCAGAGCCAGUGCCCAGAGAGACGUCGCCUGGCUCUCAGAGGCAGCAUGGUGCUCUGGAUGGAUCUGUCAAUGGCUGAAAGCAUCUGCAGGCUGUCUCAACAUCUCCUGGAGCUGCUGCCUGAUGCAGAUGCAGAUGUGAUGGUGAUGACCCUCUCUGUGCUGGUGAACGAGCUCCGGGGUGAAGACAUUCAGACCAUCCUCUCCACUGCCCCGAAGCUGGCUGAGGCUCUCCGGCCUCUCUUUGAGAAUCUGUCGUCCUUUCGCAAAUUCCGCACGGUGAUGGAGUCACUGGUGGAAGGGGGAACACGGCCCUUGCUGAUGGACAUGCACCAGACCUUAGUGCUGUGGUUCUUCCUGGAAUAUGAUGAGCAGCAGUGCGUGGCAGAG